AUGCGUGAACGGGAUAUCCGGUACACAGCAUUAAGCACCCCAGUGACAUGCAGUGAUAUGCUCUGGGAGUGGCUAGUGAUGCCGCAGGAACUUAGUAACGCCCCCGCAACUUUUAACAGAUGUGUUACGAAUCUGUUGCGAUCGGUGCGCGAUUUUGCACCGAGUUACUUCGACGAUGCCUUCGUCCAGCGCCGGGCUACGGAUGGAAAGACGGACGUGGAGGUUCAUAGAAUCCACGUCCGUAAGGUUCUUACACUAGUGCGAGAGCAUAAGUUGUUCGCGAACCUCAAGAAGUGUAUAUUCGCAGCGAACGAAAUACCACUUCUUGGCUGCAUCGUGGGUAAAAACGGUGUACGCUCUGAUCCGGAAAAGAUCAAGGCGAUUAGCGACUGGGCAUGUGCCAGUCGACGUCAAUGUACUUCGAAAGUCCCUUGGCUUGGCUGCGUACUUGCACAAGUACUCGCGCAACUACGCCGAGAUGACCGUACAUCUCUCUCGUCUGCUAAAGAAAAACGAGAGGUGGUCAUGGAGUGCUGA